AUGGGAGAGAGGAUCCCAUCUGGGAACGGAAAUGGGAAUGGAAGUUAUUUUCAGUUCCCUCCUCCCGGUCCUUCUCCUAUCAGGUCUUCCGAUCAUCGUGAAAGAUUUUUGGCUGAACUAUUGGCUGAGAGGCAGAAAUUGGGUCCCUUUUUGCAAGUUCUCCCACAAUGUACCAGGCUCUUAACUCAAGAAAUCAGACGGAUAUCCGGAUUUAAUCAAGGUUUUCCGGAUCAUGAAAGAUUUGAGCCAGACAGUCCAUUUAGGCCUUCAGGUCAACAUCCAAAUAGUAGGCCAAUGGAUAUGGAGGGAUGGCCUGCUGUACCUAGAGAGGACAAUGGAAAUCUCCAAAGAAUGGGACCGUUUCAAGCACCACUAGUGGGUUGGCAUGGGGCACAAGGAAUUCCGACGACUCCUGUAGUGAAGAGAGUUAUCAGGCUUGACGUCCCUGUCGAUAAAUAUCCAAAUCAGUAUAAUUUUGUCGGUCGGAUUCUGGGACCUCGCGGGAACUCAUUAAAAAGAGUGGAAGCGAUGACAGAAUGUAGGGUUUACAUCAGAGGCUGUGGAUCUGUGAAGGAUUCUAUUAAGGUAGAGUUGGAAGAGAAGCUUAAAGAUAAACCUGGGUAUGAGCACCUUAACGAGCCAUUGCACUUGUUGGUGGAGGCAGAGUUUCCAGAGGAUAUAAUCAAUUCACGCUUGGACCAUGCUGUUGCAGUACUAGAAAAUCUUUUGAAGCCUGUGGAUGAAUCACUUGAUCACUAUAAGAAGCAGCAACUGCGGGAGCUAGCUAUGCUUAAUGGUACUCUGAGGGAGGAAAGUCCCAGUAUGAGCCCUAGUAUGAGUCCGAGUAUGUCACCUUUCAAUAGUAAUGGAAUGAAGCGUGCCAAGACAGGAAGAUGA